GACAGAUCUACGCGGCGGAGUCAAAAAGGGUGUUAUGUAGGCGUUGAAGUUGCGCAAAAUUCGCUAAGGAAGAGAGAUCAAUGCGCAGGCAAUAAAUUCGUCGAUUGACGCAGCGAAAUGUGUGCAGUUGCUGCUCGUUGUUGUUGUUGGAUAACUCCCUACGCGUUGCAUUUCAUGUGAAGGCGUUAGUGGUUGGAGAAAGCUCCGAAUCCUUGAUAAGGAUCUGAAAAAUGGCUGUUGCUGGUCUGCCAAACGUAUCGGUUUUCAGUCCUUCCAUUGGUGAUUCCCAACACAGCCGACCUAGCAAGAGGGCAUCCUCUCUCCUGCAAAUUUGGAGAGAGAUCGAGGGUGAAAACUUGUCCAAUGAGUCUAGGCAACAUAGGAGUGGUUCUAAUUCUGAGUUUGCUAGACAAGGAAGCGAUAAUGGGGAUAGUACACCUCAAGAUUAUGAUGAUACAGGGAACCCAAGUUUCAUCAGUUUGGAGAUGGAUCAUGAGGAUAACAGCAGUGUUGCAUCAGAGCAAUCUAGUGAUUUGGAUUUAGGAGAGACUGAAAGAGAGAGAGUGAGACAAAUUUUUAAAGAAUGGAUGAGUAGUGGCUCCAAGGGAAGAUUUGAUCUGAAAAAUCAUUCCUGGCAAUGGCCGGUGAGAAGACAAACACUUCUCGAUCUUCUCUCGAAGAUCCAGGGUGAAAGAAAAAGUGAACUUCUUGGUUUGUUAGAACAGAGGCCAGUGUCAAGCUUUGCUCACCGCAAUCGGAUUCAGGCGCUCCUUAAAGGAAGGUUCCUAAGAAAUGAGAGAUUGGUCCUGGAUGAGAGACCAUCUUCACCUGCUGCAACUGAAUUGGGUCUGUUAUGGCAGAGACAUGCAGUUUCCGGCUUACGGGAAGAGUUUCUUUCCAAGUUGGAGAAUUCGGCAUCCACUUCAUUGACUGCAGAUUCUGCUUCAACUUAUAGUGGUGUAAAGGAGGAGGAAUCGGAGAUUGAAAUCCAUGAAAGGGAAGAUGCUGGAGUUGUGAUUGAAUUCAGCCCCGAGCACACUGCAGAUGGAGACUGGAAUUUGCAGGAAUCUGUUGAAGCUACCAAUCUGGAUAUGAACGGUGAUAGAACUGACCAAGAAGGAAACAGUGGUUGGCAAGAGGAGUCAGCAGUGGGUAGACUAGGCGAACAGAGUGUCACCAUUGUCGACAACGAACAGCAACCUGAGGAUGUGCAGUCUACUUUGAUUGUAGAAAGUUACAAUGAAAAUGUUCAACAGGGCAAUGAAAUUUCUGGUUCACAGGAGGUUUCUGCUCGUGGGGAGGAGUCCGCCGAUGUGAUUGAAGAUGAGAGUGGAAGCUGGCAUGGAAGCUUUAGAAACCAAUGGUCUCCGGAACCAUCUGAUAACAAUGUAGACAAUCAAGAUCAGAUUCAAGAAUCACAUCAGGAUUGGCAAAGCUAUACACAGGCAGCCAUUGACAGUUGGUUGGAUGUUCCUUCAACUCAUGAUGAGGAUGGUGAUGUCCGGAGGAUGGAACUUCAGGAGCUUUUCAGCCGGGGACGUGUCUCUAGUCUUCUCGGCAGCGAUUUUCGCGAGAGCCUAAAUCGGGUGAUACAAAUGCAUACAGAGAGGCUAGGCCAUGAUGAAGACAAUUUCGUCGAGCAAGAUCAGGACAUACAUUAUGAUGGAGAUCAAACUUCAGCUGACUACGACGCCUUUGAAACAUAUCGCCCAUUACCUCCCUCUUCGACUUUUGUGUCUGCAACGCAACCGUUUUGGGCUGACGACAUGGGUUUCACAACUGGGAAUUGGAUCUCAAACCAGCAACCUGGAACUGAAUGGGAGGUGAUCAACGAGCUUAGGAUUGACAUGGCUAGGCUUCAUCGUAGGAUGAACAGCAUGCAGAGUAUGCUGGAAGAGUGCAUGGACUUGCAAAUUGAGCUGCAUCGGUCAGUUAGGCAGGAGGUCUCUGCUGCACUGAACCGAGCUAUUUCUUCAAGAGACAAAGAUACAGUAGUACCCAAGGAUGAGACUCAGAAUGAGUUAUUAUUCACGAGGAGGAGGAGCAGCGAUCCAUGGGAUCAUGUAAGGCAAGGGGUUUGCUGCCUAUGUGGGGACAGCAAGAUCGACUCUUUGCUAUAUAGGUGUGGGCACAUGUGUACGUGCAUCAAGUGUGCUGAAAAUCUUAUACAGCAGCGCAACGGCAAGUGCCCCAUGUGCGAGGCCCCUGUUGUUGAAGUUCUCCGAGCUUAUUUCAUCCAAGAAUAAUAAUACUCAUCGCCAUUGAUGAUGCAAAUUCUUCACCACCCCUUCUUCUUCUUCCUUCAUGCACCAAUGGUGAGGUGGGUGUCUUUCAGGUAUGAAUCCAACUCUCAUAUUUUCCUUCUUUAUCAGCAAUUAAUUAAUUUUACAAAGAGGGUGGGGUGGGGUGGUGUUCGUUGGGUUCAUUAAAGUGUCGGGAAAUGAGUUAAUAGUGGGCUAUACUUGUUUACCAUCAUCAAUCAAUCAAUCAAAUCCAGCCUCUGGAAAUAACCUUUCAAUAAUUGCUGCAGUUUUGAAAUAUGUAAUGUCAUACUACUACUACAUAUUUUGCCAUGUACAAUAGAGCAGCAUAUUAUCCAAAAAUCACACAUGCAAAUAACACUCAUCA